AUGCCGUCAAAGCUUGACCCGGACACCAUCUUCGCGUACUGCGACAAGAACGGUGAUGGGAAGCUGAGCCGCAAGGAGUUCCUCCAGGCGCUGCGGUGCGGGGGCGCCUGCCCCACGGCCCUGGACUUCGAGGAGAUCUGCCGAGAGCAUGGGCAGUGCCCCGAGUAUCCUGCCUUCCGCGAGGCCUUGCAGGUACUGCUCCAGAGGCGGCCCACGCAGGAGGUGCUUGCCGAUAAGCUGGGAGGCCUGGCGCAAGACGGGCUCGGGCUUUGGUUUCUUCCCAAUCUGCGCCAAGAGGUGGAUGCUGAUUCCCUGCGCUUCAUCGUCACAAACUUUGGGGAGAAGCUCAGCGAGGAAGAGCUCGCGGAGCUGCUGAAGUUGGCGGAGCCGGAUGCGGAGGGCAACGUCUCAGCGCCUCAGCCGGGGGUUGGAAGGGCGCCGUUGGUGGAGCUGGGGCGGCCGCACCAGGUGCUGCCAGAGCAUUGGAAGCCGUCUGUGCCGAACAACGGGUCAGAGCGCCAAUCGGCGGUGCAGGAGGUGCCGAGGAAAGUGGCUUCAGCUGAAGAUAAGGCUACAGCGAACUUCACCCGGAAGGCCUUCAAGUGGACCAGAUCCCCCCACAAGACCGAUGAGGAGCUGUUCAAGCUUCAGGCGCGGGUCAAUGGGCGUGUGCAGCCGAGUGCGCCAGCCCAGGAGAUGGAGCAACUUCCCAAGCCUGAACUUCCGACGCCGGCGGUGCAGGAGCACAAGCAGUUCAGCCUGGUGGAGGUGAGCAAUGAGGAAGAGAGGCUAGCAGCUUUCAAGUGCCAUAUGGAUAAAGAGACCUUCGUGAACGAGGAGCAUUUCGUGAAGGAGCGGCUUUGGAAUUCUCAAGUGCACCGCUGCAGGAGCCUUUCUUCUGACAUCCGAUCAGGCCUGCCUGGCGGCCGUGACGCUGCGCGUGAAUCCGUACGUCGGGUGGCGCAAGAGCUGGGCGCAGGUGGCGAAUGUGAGCGCCGCACAGGAGCGCCGUGGGUAUGGUCGCAUGCUGUUCCGAGCAGUGGAGGAUUUGCUGCUUCGGGAAGGAGUUGA